UUUUGUACAACAUUACAAAUCAACCUAUCAAUUUCUUUCAUUUUUUGUCACAAGUUGUCUAGUUAGACUUGGGCCGGGUCACCAUUAAAAAACCCGACCAAACCCAACCCUCGUCUGCCUCCUGGAAAAUUCAAUUGAAAGUAGUUGCCGUAAAAUCCCGCCUGGAGCUUAGGGAAAAAAAAAUUCAAAGUCUUAACAGAAACGCAAACUCGGAGACAGAUUCCAAUUCCGGUACACAGACACUGAGAUGCAGAGGAACGAUACGAAACAGAAAUCAAUCCGAAAACCGCUGCGAGAUUUAUCAAGUAACAACAACAUCAAAGAUGGAGGCGGAUGUUUUCCCAAAUGCGGGAACGCGAAGAAGAAAUCGAACGACAAUAAGCAAAUCGAAGAAGCGUCAGACAACAACGCACUCGAUCGCCUCUUGCUUGUUCAGUCCGAUAUUUCGAAACUUCUUCAACAGAUUGAUGAGCUAGUUAUGCAAGCGCUUAAAGUUAAGACAAUGAGCAAGGAGGGGAAAAAAGAAAUUGAAUCUUUCACUCAUGUCUUGUCUCAUAUGAGUUCCACUUUGAAGCCAUGGGUUCCCAGAUUCCAGAGGGCUCUCUCCAGUUCUGUUGAGUCUGAGAAUCGGUUGGUACAGGCAUUUGCAGGUAAAUCUGCUUUUGCUGCAGAUGAAGAUGAAAGAACUUGUGAGUAUGGGAGUCCAGAAGAUGACAAGGAGCACACUUUAAUCUCUCCUUCCCCCCUUGUGUCCUGGCGAGUCAAUUGCACUGUUGAAAGAAACAAACAAGUGUUUCUGCUCACACCUCUUCCUAUCUUGAAAGCUUUGUCAUCCAAACACCAAGAACAUUCCAAAUCACUAUUUGAAAGCAUUACUUCCAAUCACACCAUUGAGCUACCGCCAUUUGCAACUAUUUCGGGAGAUACAAAUGAUGAUUUGCUUGAAGGAGUGCCAAUAGAAGCAACUCCAAGGAAGCCUUCUGAAUGUCUAUCAGCUGGAAAAGGAAACACUCUAGAGUCUGCAUUUGUUGUUUCACCAAUGGUUCCAAAAGGAGACCACUCUAUGCUUAUGAUGACCCCAUGUUUAAAAAUGUCCCCUCCUAAAUCUUGUAUAUUGCUGGAGCCCAUUUCUGGGUGCACUCAUCGACCCUGGGACAAAGUUCGUAAGUCAACCCCAUUUCCUGUUGGAAUGCAUAAUUGCGGAAGUUCACAAUCUUCUGAAUCCUCAGGUAGUGAAGCUUCUGAGGACCUUGCUUUUAAGUAUCCAGAGCUACUAGGAAUUCAACAGGCUCGUAAAUCAGUAAUUCAGAAGAAAGAGUUUGAAACUUCACCAGAUUGGUCAUUCUCACCUCCUAAAAGUUGUGUUUUGUUGGAGCCACCUGAUGAAAAGUCACUGGAAAAUGUUGCUGAUGUUCACAACAUGCUAAUGACUUCUUGUGAUUUAAAUCAGCAGACAAAGCUCUCUGUAUUAGAUGAAAAAGAUGUUCCAAAAACCUCACAGCAAGCCAGGAAAUCGAUCCACCCAGGCAACGCAGCGAUUGUAGAAAGUACCCCGCUGUGGAAGGAACUGGAAAGCACAAUGAGAACAGGCAAGCUUCUCGGUGAGAAUACUCUAAAGAAAGAGUUGUGGACGAGGUUUGAGGCAGCAUCAAGUUUUGGGAUCCGCUACAAUGCCUCUGCAUUGCAAACGACUGCCAGGAAAGGAUUUCUUGACAUGCUGGAAGAAGCCUCUUUUGAUGAAGGAAGUUCAUUGAUCAAUAGUCUCAGAUAGCAAUUAGUGUUACGUUCUGUAAAUGGUGGCAUUUGUUGUAUGUUUUUGGAUAGUGUCGAGUGGCAUUUCAAAGUUGUCUUGGUGACAUGGUGUUAGCCCGGUUGUACCACCUUAAAUUAUGUAUUUUUUUUUAUAUUAAAAAAAAUCAAUUUUCCUCUGA